CUCUUUUGUGGAGAGAUUGUUCUUGGGAAAUCGUCUCUUACAAAUGGGGUUACUUUAACCUGUAUCAGUACUGAUUAUACCAAGUUGAUCUUCAUAAUCCAGAACUAUUGAAUUAGAUUUGAUAGCCAAUAAUACACAUGUGAGUUGAAACAAAGAAGGAACCAACUGAGUUGACUUAACAUUCCCAAAGGACAAGCUUCAAUUGUCGUUGACCAACCCCAACACCUUACCUUUAAGCAAAAAGUGAAACUUAACUUUUUUCUUAACAAAAGAUAUCGCUUUUUUAAUCCUCUAAUCCUUAUCUUAAUUUCUAGUUUUGAAUUUAGGGAAACUAUCAACAAACAGCACAAACACAAAAAAUGUAAAAUUGUAGAAAUAAAGGAAAUUCAAUCAAUUAUAACUUGAUUCGCAAUUUCCUUUUCUUUUCAAAAUUUAUUGCUGAAAUAAAGGGAAAAGAUCAGUGAACAUGUAUGGGGUUCUACAAUGGCCGAAUUGAUUAUAUGAAACUUUCCAUUACACAGAUCCCUAAUUCUCUUAUAUAAACAUAAUCUCCAAACCUCAUACAACAUCUCAUUGCGACAAUGGUUUUGGCUAAAGUCUCUUCCUUUCUCUUCGUGGUUCUGUUUCUCAUCAAUGGUACCUCCUCCACCACUUUCACCGUAGUAAACCAGUGCAGCUACACUGUCUGGCCGGGACUUCUUUCCGGUGCCGGCACCGCUGCAUUACCUACCACUGGUUUCUCCCUCAACUCUGCCGAGUCACGACUCAUCUCCAUGCCCGCUGCUUGGUCCGGCCGCAUAUGGGGACGCACACUCUGCAACCAAAACGAAACCACCGGGAGAUUCAGUUGCGUCACCGGCGACUGUGGCUCGUCCCAAAUCGAGUGCUCUGGCGCCGGAGCAAACCCUCCAGCUACAUUAGCCGAAUUCACACUCAACGGCGCAGAUAAUCUCGAUUUUUACGACGUCAGCCUCGUGGACGGUUACAACGUACCAAUGACAAUCGUCCCUAGCGGCGGAGCCACCGGAGCCGGUAAGUGCAACGUCACGGGCUGCGCGGUGGAUUUAAACAGCGUCUGUCCGGAACAGCUGAAAGUAACGGUUGAAGCGGCUGGAACGACUGCUGUAGCGUGUAAGAGCGCUUGCGAGGCGUUCGGAACGCCGGAGUAUUGCUGUAGCGGCGCGUUUGCGACGCCGGACACGUGUAAACCGAGUGAGUACUCUGGCUUGUUUAAGAAAGCUUGUCCGACGGCUUAUAGUUACGCUUACGACGACGGAACAAGUACCUUUACUUGCUCCGGUGCUGAUUACGUCAUCACAUUUUGUCCUUCAACUUCUUCAAAAGUGAUGGAGAGUGCACCACCGCGUCCGAAACCGGAGGCGGUUAGCGUUUUCGACGCGUCAGCUACAAAAGCAGUUGCGUUACCAUUAGGCGUUUUGGCUGUUGCGGUUUCUUGGGUGUGGAGUGGACUUUGGUGAUCUCAAUACGCCACCGACCUUUUUUUAUUUUUGUCGUUUUAGUUUUUAAUUUUUUUUAUUUUUUUUUCAUUUUAUGUGAUUCUUUUUAAGAGAAGAAACGUGAAAGUUAAAUUAGCGUUUAUGAAGGAAAAAAUUCACAAAAAUAAGGUA